AUGAUCGCUACCGCCGCCAGUGGGGCCUUCAACGGCGCAGGUGCAGAUCAGGUGCGUGAGUGGGUGGACUUCGUCAUCAAUGUCGACGUCGACCCCGCCAAGAAGCACGAUCUCUUCCACUACGUGUCUGUCGCGCGGCUGCUGGCCGAGACGGGAGGCAGCAUCGCGCCAGCCGACUUCGAAGACCCUCACAUGCGGGACAUGAUCAAGGUGGCCCACAACAACAAAGAGCUUUCGGGCAUGGCUGAAGCAGUGAAGCAAUUUGCGGAACUUCAGUCGCAGGCGCUGCAGAAAGGGAAGCCGAAAGGACUCAGUUUCAAGUUGCAGGACCGGAAACUCGAGCUGGGCAUGCAGCAUUUCGCCAAGGAUGCACUCCCGUCAGAGGAGGUCCUCGCGAAGUUCGAGGCGGCGGGGAAGAUCGCGCACGACACAGGCAGGCCGUGGGUCGGGGCCGCUGAGGGCGAGGAUCUGCGCGAUCACCACCGCCCAACUUGGAGCCUGACUCCUAUCAUCGACGCUGUCGUGGGGGACGGCUCUUACGAGGAGCGGGUGAAGCAGAGAGCUGCCGCCAAGCGGAACAUGGCGUGGAUGGACAAAGUCGACUACGCUGGCUUUGCCAUGUUCAUGGGCCACCUGCACGAAUGGGAUUCAAAGUAA